AUGUCCGUCUGGGCGGCCCUGCUGCUGCUCUGGGCGGCCGCCGGGGCCUCCGAGGACUGCCCGGCCCCGUGCGCCUGCCGCGCGCUGGACACCAUGGGGCUGCAGGUGGACUGCAGCGGCCGCGGGCUGGAGGCGCUGCCCGCCCUGCCGGCCCGCACGCGCCACCUCCUGCUGGCCAACAACAGCCUGCGCUCCGUGGCGCCCGGCGCCUUCGACCACCUGCCGCAGCUGCAGACCCUCCUGGCGGAGCACAACCCCUGGCGCUGCGACUGCGGCCUCACCUACCUGCGCCUGUGGCUGGAGGACCGCGCGCCCGAGCAGCUGCUGCGCGUGCGCUGCGCCGGCCCCGGCCGCGCCUCCGGCCGCGCGCUCGGCCAGCUCAGCGGCUCCGAGCUGGGCGGCUGCGGCUGGAGCCUGCCGGGGCCCUGGGCUGAGCCCGGGCGCUGGUGGGACGCGGCGCUGGUCGUCGUGGCCGCGCUGAUCCUGGCUCUCCUGGUGGGCCUGCUGUGCGCCGUCUCCUGA